AUCAUCAUCAACAUCCACAUAUCAAAGAAAACACAAAAACACAAUCAAGGAAAUGGCCAAGUUUUCCAGUAUUCACAUUCUCUUCUUCGUGUUCAUCACAGCCGGCAUUGCUGUUUCUGCCACCGACUUCACACUAAAGAACAAUUGCCCUAACACCGUCUGGGCCGGAACUCUCGCCGGACAAGGACCCAAGCUCGGUGACGGCGGAUUUGAGUUGACUCCAGGUGCUUCCCGACAGCUCACGGCUCCUGCCGGAUGGUCAGGCCGGUUCUGGGCUCGUACCGGCUGCAACUUUGACGCCUCCGGCAACGGUAGAUGCGUUACCGGAGACUGUGGCGGUCUAAGAUGUAACGGUGGCGGAGUUCCUCCAGUCACUCUUGCUGAAUUCACCCUCGUAGGCGAUGGCGGCAAAGAUUUCUACGACGUGAGCCUCGUUGACGGUUACAAUGUCAAAUUGGGGAUAAGACCAUCCGGAGGAUCCGGAGAUUGCAAGUACGCAGGCUGUGUCGCCGACCUCAACGCGGCUUGCCCUGACGUGCUUAAGGUCAUGGAUCAGAACAAUGUCGUGGCGUGCAAGAGUGCCUGUGAGAGGUUUAAUACGGAUCAAUAUUGCUGCCGUGGAGCUAACUCGACGCCGCAAACUUGUCCUCCCACGGAUUACUCGAGGAUUUUUAAGAACGCUUGCCCUGACGCCUAUAGCUACGCUUAUGACGAUGAAACAAGCACCUUCACUUGUGAUGAGAGAGCGAGGAGAUCAGGAGACCGUUUGCUCGCAUUCUUCAACUGCUACAUGUUCUCACGCGGCAUUGCGGUUUCCGCCACCGUCUUCACAUUACAGAACAGUUGUCCUUACACCGUUUGGCCGGGAAUUCUCUCCGGUAACGACAACACCCUCGGCGACGGCGGAUUUCCCUUGACUCCUGGCGCUUCCGUACAGCUCACGGCUCCUGCUGGAUGGUCUGGACGGUUCUGGGCUCGUACCGGCUGCAACUUCGACGCCUCCGGCCACGGUAACUGCGUCACCGGAGACUGCGGUGGUGUUCUAAAAUGUAACGGCGGCGGAGUUCCACCAGUCACUCUUGCUGAAUUCACACUCGUUGGCGAUGGCGGCAAGGAUUUUUACGACGUGAGCCUCGUCGACGGUUACAAUGUCGAGAUGGGGAUUAAACCUCAAGGAGGUUCCGGUGAUUGCCAUUACGCCGGCUGUGUCGCCGACGUCAACGCGGUUUGUCCUAACGAGCUUCGGAUCAUGGAUCCACAUACAGGUAUCAUCGCGGCGUGUAAAAGCGCUUGUGCGGCGUUUAAUUCUGAGGAAUUCUGUUGUACCGGUGCUCACGCGACGCCGCAAACUUGCUCUCCGACGCAUUACUCGGCGAUGUUUAAAAGCGCUUGCCCUGGCGCUUACAGUUACGCCUAUGACGACGCCACAAGCACCUUCACUUGUACCGGAUCUAACUACUUGAUCUCUUUCUGCCCCACCCGUUCUUAAAAACCGGAGCUCCGGUUUAGAUUUGGGUUCUCACGUUUCUUUUGCUUAUUAUGUACGGAAAGAUUAUUACUUUGUUUCAUCUUCUUCCAUUUUAAAUAUUUUUCUUGUACUCAGUUGUUACAUUCA